CGAUGAACGUAAACACGAAUUCAAAUAAAGAGUGGAACUAAAGAGACACUCGUGGUAACAACAUUGAGCUAAAUUUCCGAUUUUUAAAUACAUUUGGUGAUGAAAUCGUUUGCUGCGAAGCUUCGCCAGCUGCUGUAAUAGGAACUUGUUGGUUUCCAGAUGAUGGAGGAUUUCUCUGGUUUGACCCUGCCUCCUUUGUUUGGAGGACACAUCCUGGAGGCAGAGCUGGAGCCUGGUGGCCUGGAGCUCGGUCCAGGAGAGGUGGAACUGGGACCAGGAAGCAAUGAGCUUCUAGAGAGCACAGCGCAAGAGGAUGAAGAGAGAAGAGCUCUUGAUAAAAGAAAAUAUCUCGCUCUGAGCAGAAGGUGUAAAGAAAUUGAACAGGUAAAUCAGAAGAUUUUGGGUCGACUCCACCAAGUGCAGAGAGUUACACGACGCUUGAAGAAGGAACGAAGGUUUCUCAUGAAAACGUUAGAUGCUCAUGGAGAUGAUUAUAGAAAUGCUCAGCUCACCAUAUUGCUUGAGGAUGAGCCUGGAGUCAGUUUAGAUGCUGCUACUGGGGUGGAGGAUGAAAAACUCAACGGUGUUUCUGGCUCAAGCGUGUCUGCGGUGCCGCAAUACACAGCUGGACCGAAGAAGAAGAGGCACCGAAUUCCUCGGCAAGAAAAGGAUAAAGAGCAGCAGACUGAACCAGACAUGUCGGUGUUGGCAGAAACACAGUUUGGAGAAAUGCCCAGCCCGACCUCUCUGUCCCACUGAUCAAUGCACGGCCGAGGAUGUGAUAAUGAGGACGAGACUGAAGAAUCCCUCCUCAGUCUGGCUUUGCACAGCGUGUAGUUUCACUUGUGGGGUGCAGACUGAUUCAGUUUGUCUCAUGCAUAUGUUUGUUUUGUAAAUAUUCUGGAAUUUGAUUCACAAUUAUGAGUAGUGCACAGUCAAAAAGGAAAGUUAUUAUUGUUAUUUACUUGUUUGCUAUCGAUAUUAAAGCAACCACACACUAUGUUUUAUUUUAUUAUUGUGGAGUAAACAUUUCCUAAAUGCGCUGAAGUAAUUUGUUGAGAUUGUUCACACCCCCAUAUCUGGCCUGAUACAGGUUAGGUUUCCAAGACUCACUGUGAUCACCCAUUUUUAUGAAGGCAGCGUCUCAGGAAAGACUUUAACUGAACAUUUCCUUCAUCUUCUUUGAUGCUUACAUUAUACAUAAGAUGAUAGACAAAUCUGAACUGACAUUAAUGUGACUGUUCAGUUUUCAAGAGACACCGUGUUGAAGCCACAAUCAAAG